AUGAAGAAAUGGUCCGGAGGCUUGUUUAUCAUUGCUCUUGCUAUGAUAUUGGUUUUUCGUUACUGCAGCAUUGUCAAAAUUGAGCCACCAAAGCAGUGGCGGAAGCAGUCGGCUUCUGAUUUCUUCGGAAACCAUCCAACCAAUGAUUCUUUUAUUACAUCGUCAGAGAUAAAAGUGAAAAAAGAAGCAGAAUCAUAUAAGAAGCCCCAUUUUAUAGAAGUUGAUGGGCCCAAUGAGCUGUUUGCUUCACAUGACAUCUUCAAAGAAGGGUCAAGGGCCUUGCUUGUAUGGCCUCACAUGCGUCCCCUACUGUCAAGGUCUGAUGCUUUGCCUGAAACUGCUCAAGGGGUUCAAGAGGCCUCCAUGGCGUGGAAAGACUUGUUGUCUGCAAUUGACAAGGACAAGGCUUCCAAAUUAAGCAAAAGUGACAGCCAAGAAAAUAAAAAUUGCCCUUUCUCUGUAAGUACACAUGAUAAGAUAGUGUCAAGAGACGGGGUUAUUCUUGAAAUCCCUUGUGGCCUCAUUGACGAUUCUUCUAUUUCUUUGGUUGGCAUUCCUGAUGGGCACUCUAGAAGCUUUCAAAUUCAACUUCUAGGCUCCCAACUUGCAGGAGAGCCUGAGCCUCCUAUUGUCUUGCAUUACAAUGUCAGUCUCCCCGGUGAUAACAUGACAGAGGAGCCAUUUGUAGUUCAAAAUAUUUGGACUCAUGAACUUGGGUGGGGCAAAGAGGAAAGAUGUCCUUCUCACAGGUCUGCUAACAACCUGAAAGUUGAUGGACUUGUUCUUUGCAAUGAACAAGCUGUCAGAAGCUCCUUGGAAGAAAAUCUAAAUUUGAGUCAGCCUAGUAGUGACAUGUUGACCAAUGUUUCCAGGGGAGGUGCCUAUGGAAGUGCUAAUUUCCCAUUUGUUGAAGGGAAUCCCUUUACUACUACCUUGUGGGUUGGUUUAGAGGGAUUUCACAUGACUGUGAAUGGAAGGCAUGAAACAUCUUUUGCAUAUAGGGAGAAACUUGAGCCAUGGUCAGUUACCAAAGUCCAAGUGGCUGGUGGUUUGGACCUCUUAUCUGCCUUAGCUAAAGGCUUGCCUGUUUCUGAGGAUCAUGAUUUAGUUGUUGAUGUUGAGCACCUCAAAGCUCCUGCAACUUUGAAGAAAAGGCUAUUGAUGUUGGUUGGAGUGUUCUCUACUGGAAAUAAUUUUGAGCGUAGAAUGGCAUUGAGGAGGGCUUGGAUGCAAUAUGAGGCUGUACGUUCUGGGGAUGUGGCUGUCCGGUUUUUCAUUGGCCUUCACAAGAACAGUCAAGUCAAUAUUGAGCUGUGGCGAGAAGCUGAAGCAUAUGGAGAUAUCCAACUGAUUCCAUUUGUUGAUUACUACAGCCUGAUCAGUUUGAAAACAAUUGCAAUUUGUAUUUUUGGAACCAAGAUCCUCCCUGCUAAAUAUAUCAUGAAAACAGAUGAUGAUGCUUUUGUUAGAAUUGAUGAGGUGAUCUCUAGCCUCAAGGGAAAGGCAACGAAUGGUCUCUUGUAUGGUCUUAUAGCCUUUGAAUCAGCGCCCGAUAGGGAGAAAGGCAGCAAGUGGUAUAUUGAUAACAAGGAAUGGCCUCAUGCUUUGUACCCACCAUGGGCCCAUGGUCCAGGUUACAUUAUCUCUCGGGACAUUGCCAAAUUCAUUGUCCGCGGCCACCAGGAAAGCGACCUCAAGCUUUUUAAACUAGAGGAUGUUGCAAUGGGCAUAUGGAUCGAACAAUUCAAGAAUAGCGGUCAUGAAGUGAAUUAUGUCACAGAUGAUAGGUUUUACAGUGCCGGAUGCGAAUCAAAUUACAUUCUCGCUCAUUACCAAAGUCCAAGGUUGGUGUUGUGCCUUUGGGAGAAGCUGCAGAAAGAGCACGAACCGGUGUGCUGUGAGUAA